ACAUGCGCUCGUGCACCGGAAGCUCACCUCACGAGGGAAGAAGUUGGCCGACGGCGACGCGCUUCUCUGCGAGUCUGGUGUGGCAAAGAAAGUUCUGGAAUUGGUGAAGUGUGAGGUAACGCGGUCGAAACCGCAGCCCGGCCGUGGCCCAGGUCGCUGCUGCUGGCAGAAGGAAGGCUUCCUCGGUCACCAGACGCCAUUGCACUCCCGAACUCCUGCGGCAGGCGCUUCAGUGUGUUUGCGGCUGUGGGUCGAGAGCACUGGAGCUUACCGGGGUGUCCGUAGGGCCAGGGGUGGGUGUGUGGGCUUACCAGCGAACUUAUGCAAACUAAUUGGCACACAUCUCAUUCCGCUUGACCAGCUCCGCAAACCUCACCACCACCCCGAGCUCAAGCUUGGGCAGUCCAAUGGUUCCCGCACCCCAACUGGUACCAUAUGCCCAUCAGCUCCCUAGUUUGGUUCUACCUCUCAUCCACCAGCCUCUAUUCUCCUUGCACACUAUGACGACUAAUUUUGAUGUGGGAACAGGUCAUGCUGGCAGUCUUUUCUCUCGAUGGGGCGUCUUGACUUUAACCUUUUUGCCUCCAUGGAUGCUGCUUGACUAAAGUUGGUUCGAUAUUCUAUUUUGUUCCGGAGUUUAGCAUUUGCCUUUCUGCCCUGGCCGUCGCUGAGUAAUUUUAAUGCCCAGGCUCUUGGCACGUUGACCAUGGGACACUUUUUAUUAGCGUUGUAAUUUCACAAGUGAAAUGGCCGAGCUUUGAAUGGCGUCCUGAGGUGUAGUAUCCCAGUGCCAGGCCAGUGAGGUUUACUUUGACCAGGUGUGGGCUGGUUGGGCUGCCCUGUUACACCACUGAGCUCCAGUGGAUUUGCCCCGCUCCCGCCAGGCUUAUUUUACACAGGCCAUACCCACUCCCUGUGUGCCGAUGUGGUACUAACUCGGAUGGAUGUUUCUGUUGGGGAACAUGGCCAGAUGUUGAGAUGAAACUGUUGGAAGUUUGGACUGAAUGGGCAUAACUUCCUGGCUGUGUUGUGUGGACAACCUUCCCCCAAUUCCCAAAUCUUACUGAGAAGGUCUUUGCAAGGAGAACGAUGUGUUUGUGCUCGCUUUGGAUCAGUUUUGUCCAUUAAUGGUUGAGCAUGUUUGAAGUUUGGUUUGUUUGAAAAUAACGUUCCAUAUGAAAUAGACCAUAAAUAUCUCACCUCUUGGUGUUUUUCUUCAUAUUCACGGUGCAGCUAGCUUCACAAGAUGAACUUCAUCCCUGGAGUAAAUUUGGUCUUCUGUCUAAGUGCUUUGUGGAGCAGUGCUAAGGUGGGAGAACAAUUGUCGAAACCCUCAUUUCAAGGUAUUCAAAGAAUUAAAGAAAUGAACUUAAGUGAUAUAACUAGUGUAAUCAUGAAAAUUAAUAGACCAUUAGUAAAGGUUAAAGCCUUGCGUGGCAUAAUUGGUGAUUAUCAAGUGCACCCAAAUACAGUUUGUUCGGCUGGUGACAGGAGUUGCUUAUGGCCUUCUUCACAAAAUAAUAUUUAUAUACCCUAUGUUUUCCAAUCAAAUUAUAAGAGAGCCCAGAGAGAAUUAAUAAGCACUGCUUUAUCUGAGUUAGAGUCUUUGACAUGCAUCAGGUUUAAAUACAGAUCAAGGGAGGUGACGUAUCUUGUGUUUAUUGAUGGGAUAGGAUGCUGGUCAUAUGUAGGGCCAGGAACAAAAACAGCACAAGAAAUAUCAUUACAAAUACCCUACUGUAUGGAUGUUGGUAUAAUACAACAUCAAUUAAUGCAUGCACUUGGUUUUUAUCAUGAAAGUUCUCGAUCUGAUCGUGAUGACUAUGUGGAAGUAAAAAUGGAGAAUGUUGAAAAAGGAUCAGAAAUUAACUUUAAAGUAAAGAAAUCUAAUAACUUGGUGACAAAGUAUGAUUACAAUUCAGUUUUGCAUUUUGGAAGGUAUGCUUUUUCCAGAAGUCCUGGUUUACCAACCAUUGUGCCAAAACUAGAUCCAAAUGUAUAUCUUGGACAAUUGAUGGGACUUUCUGAAACAGAUAUUUUGAAGAUAAACAAACUAUAUCAGUGUAAAAUAUGUGGAAAUCUACUUACUGAAAAUUAUAGAUAUUUCACUUCUCCAAGUUUCCCAAACUUUUAUCCUGACCAUGCCAACUGCAAGUGGAUGAUCCGGGCACCCUGGCAUCAUAAGCUGCCGUUCAAUUGGAUUGUCUUGGAAUUUGACUUCUUUCAUAUCCAGCCAUUUUUAGGUUGCUAUCGGGAUAAUUUAAAAAUUUAUGAUGGAUCUACCACUCAUUCACCAGUUCUUAAAGGACCAGUUUGUGGCAAAAUAGCUCCAGCUGUGAUCUCUUCCCAUCAUCUAUUAUUAAUUGCAUUUUCCUCAGGCCAUUACAAACACUCUAAAGGAUUCAGUGCUAAGUAUCGAUUUGUUAAUUGUGGGAGAAUGUUAAUUACAUCACCAACCAAAAUUAUUGGUAGAUUUGAGCACAGAGGAUCCAUAAAUCCAAACGAAAGCUCAAACUGUUUUUGGUUAGUUCAGGCACAUAAAGGACAUGAGGUAGUUUUUGAAAUUACAACAUACAACUUCCAGAGAUCUGACAACUGCACUUUUGCCUACCUGAAGAUUCAUGAUGUUUCUCAAGCACCUCCAGCUAAUCGAGGAAAAUUCUGUGGAGCAACACCUGUGCCUUUAACUGAGGGCACUGCCCUUUUGCUAGAAUUCAAUCAUCCCGGAGCACAAAUGCAGCCUGGACUGAGAGUUGAUUACAAGUGUGUCAUUCGUCCAUUUGAAAGACGAGGUAGGAGUUCUGUUCGCUGGAAUGCUCAAUGCGAUGCUUUUAUGUUGGUGUGGUGCAUAUUAAUAAAUUCUGCAUGGAUAGUGUAAUUUCUGCAGAACAACCUAACUUCUGUUUUUACCUUUUAUGUAGUAAUUUCUUAAAUUUCAAAAUGUUUUCAUCAUAUUUGUUAAAUUUCCUGCUUACAUGCCAACACAAUCAAAACCAAAUCAAAUUAUCAAAAUUUGAUAAUUCUACAUAUAAUUGAUAAUUCACCCAUAAGUAUUUAUGUAAAAAGCAAUUUGUGACUGAAAACAAGAAAUCUGCUUAUAAAUUUGUUAAGUGAUGCAAGAAUAAGGAUGUUAUUUUUCAGAAUGAUUGCAGAAAUGUAGCAAUGUCAAUUGAAUGGGUGGACAUCAUAAACAAAUUGAACAAUGAAAAUUUCAUUAGUACUGAAGUAUCAUUGGUUCCCUUUAUCUUGAGAUGCAAUAUUAAAGGAGAAUAUUUUUAAAUUGUAAAUGGGUCAUUUAAAUUGUAAUGGAAGUAACUUUGUAGAUGUUUUGCUUGCAGUACACACAUAGCCAUGAAGGAGUUUGCUAUGAUUUCAGUAGAACUGUAUAAAGUUUUCAAGGCAUUCAUGCAAUCAAUUUAAAAUUUUGCCCUUAACUGCUUGCCCUUAACUGCUAUUUCUUUGAAAUAAAUACUAUUAAGACUAUUUCAAAA